CUUUAAUAGUGCCAGGAUUUCAAAUCCUUGUAUUGAUUUGAACCCUUGUCAAAGCCCUACAAGCUUCUACUUACGCAGUAUAUGGGAGGAGAAAGUGCACAUGACAUAAUGGCAGCAUUGGUAGGAUAACAGUGAGCAGUCACCUGGUUAAAGCACUCAUUUCUCGUGUUUAAUCCACACUAUAAAAAAAUGGCAAAUCCAAAUCCACGGCACCCUGAAGAGAUCAACUUUCAAAGGAGAUGGAAUUUACGUCGAAAACAAGAGCGCUUCAUUACAGGGAAGCAUGUGAGUUUACAGAGACUGAAAGAGCGAAUGUCUCACAAUCAAAUGGCAGAGUACUUUCAAAAGCAGGUCCCACCCUACCCAACUCCAGUUGAAUUUCGGGUUUCAGAUGUAUCCCAUGUUACUGUGGAGUCAGGAUUCAAGGGAAUAUUGGAGUUGGAGCAGUUCAGGCCUGGAGCAGGAGAACUGUCAUGGUGGGGCUUAAAAAUCAAUGAAGAAGAAAUAAGAUCAGCAGAGAAACGCUACAUGGAGAGUAAUUUCCCAAAUGAACCACAAGGGCUGAAUGAGCAGCAGCCAUUUCUGGAGAGCUUCACCACAUCACCCCCAUUCAACCCAGAGAAAUCUCUCUACGGUAAUUAUCGCUUCACAUUUCCCCUCACUGAUCUGAUGGAAUGGUACAAGGAACAGAACUGUGGAGGAAAAGCGCCGGUUCUCAGAGUGUAUGAGACCAUCACCUACAGACAGGAGAUUAUGUACACCGUGCUGAUUCACAGUCCUGGGGAUAGCGAGCGUUUUGGAGGAUACCCGCUUCUUGAAGCGAGUGAGGUGGUUCGUUAUCAGGAUGGGAAGAUUAUCUGGAAAGCACAAACCAUUUGUGAAACCCACCAGUAUCAGUUUGUUUCAGGAGAAGUACAAAGGCUAAAUAAUAAACAGUUUUAUGUCUGGGAUCAUGUUAGUUUAGUCUUUCACUUGCCAAAUCAUAAGGCGCUGAAAAUUCCCAGAGAACGGCUUAUAAAAGCCCUCGAGGCCUGUAAACUUGACAACAUAGAUCUCUCAAGGUACGAAGGUUCUAACAACAAAGAGGAAUGCUUCUUGGAAGCUGAAAUGAAAGUGAGUGAAUUGAUUGAAAAGAUAGUUGAUAUAAAAAUGCAGGUAGACCCAUGA